AUGGAUACCAUCAAGCUAGGCACUGGUUCGAGGGAUGCAAUCAGCUGGCUCCCUCAAGAGGUUCUGUGCGACAUCUUGUCCUUACUUCCGACCAAACUGGCUGCUUCAACAACGGUUCUAUCGAAAAAGUGGAGGAAUGUGUUUGCACUGGUGAUUUCUCGAUGUGUUGAACUUGAAGAUGGACUACUCCUGCCGGUGUUCAACAAUCUGGUUACUUUAUCUUUUGGGAGUAAGAAUAAGCGAGGCUGGAAACUGCUGCCACGUCUGCUUAACCAGUCUCCAAAGCUUGAAACUCUAAUCAUCCAGGGUCUGGAUGGUUACACAGGCGAUGCGACCAUUAGUCUGUUCAAAGUGAAGGUGUUGCGUGUUCUUGGUUAUCGAGGAACUGCUCAAGAGUUGCAACACUUGAAGAGUUUUCUUGUGGGAUCGGAAUGCAUCGAACUAGUGCGAGUGGAGAUUCCCGAAUGUGUUGAGGUUGAUGAUGGCAUAGUAUCGCAAGUCCAUGAGGACCUAAUGGCGCUUGUUCUACCCAAUUGCCUGACCCAAGUCCAUUAUUUCAUCUAAGCUGUAUACAAUUAUUCUCUGUAACAUUAAGCUCUUAAAUUGCUUCAUGUCGCAUUGCUCUUGCAGGAGCCUCCUCUCUGUAACAUUAAAACUCAUAAAUUGCUUAUUUAAUAGCGGGGUUCAUGGUUUUGCGAAACCUUCGUCCCUAGAAUUGUUAUCUCUUAGUUUGUAUUGUGGGAAGAGAAAUAAUUUAUAUGGAUCUUUAAAAUUUCUCUAUUGGUUGCUAAAAGGUUGGUAGGAGUUGUGGU